AUGAGCGGACCUAUUAGCAUCGCCUCCGAGGCCGAAUGGAGUACUCUCCUGGCGGGCACAAACGUGGUUAUCGCAGACUUCUAUGCCGACUGGUGCGGUCCCUGCAAGAUGAUUGCGCCCACGUUUGAAGCCCUCGCCAAACAGCACUCAAGCCCGAAGAAGGUCGCCUUUGCUAAGGUUAAUGUCGAUAACCAGUCCGCUAUUGCGCGAGCCCAGGCUGUUGCCGCCAUGCCCACCUUCAAGAUCUUCCACAACGGCACAUGCAUCGAGACCAUCAAGGGCGCCAACCCCCCUGCGCUCACGGCAGCCAUCAACAACGCAGUCAAGCUCGGUGGUCCCGUUACUGGCGAUGUAUUUAAGACCCCCGGCCGGACACUUGGUGGUGAAGCACGAUUGGCUCCCCUGUCUAAGCGAUGGAACAUCAAGGGUAUCUUUGAUGCUCUAUUAGCAUUCUUUGGCCUCUACUUUGUUUCUUUGUUCACGUUUGAUCCUUACAAGUCUGCGGAGAAGAGUGUGUUCAACCUCAACAGGAGACCAGCUCCCGGAACCACUGGUAGCUCUCAGCAGGGAGCAGGGGGUGCGAGAGCUCCUCCAAGAUCUUCUUUCAAGACUUUGGCAGAUUUGGGUGGUGACUAG